AUGGAAGAAUUUAGAGUUGUAGACGCUGGGAGCAUUUCUCAGAAGGAAAAUAACCCAUAUUUUGCCGAAGAUGGAGAAAUCGUGAAUUCCAACAUAAAGAUGAGCAUUCAACAGGUUGGAGGUAGGUGAUCGACAUCUGAUCAGUGGAUGAAAACUCGAUGAUCCAAUAUCUGUCGAUCGGUCAAUUUUGAUAAGUUGAUAGGUAUUCAGUUAAACGAAUACUCAUGCAUCGUCAGUGAUAAAAUUGUUGAAUGAAUGCUUUUUUCAACUUUUCUUAUGGACCUUCAAUCUAUGAGUGCCUGCAUGUAUUUCUUUUAUUGGUUAGACAUUUAAAACAAAAGUAAUGAGUAAUUAUAAUUCCACAAUUAAGUAAUUGUUACCUUUAGUGAUCACAACUAGAGUGUUUAAGUGUGGUAGUCAAUUUCAAAAUACCCACCACCCCUCCCCCUACUUGUAGUACCUGUCAUAUUGGUAAAUUAAAUUGUCACUGUCAGUAUUACCUGAUUAUCAAUAAUAUGUAAUCUUGCCAAUCAAGCUUUUUUUAGUUUUUUUUAAUAAGUCCAUCAUCACUUUUUGUGCUUUCAUUUUCAGUAGUACCGAAAUCUCAGCAACCUUUAAAGGCCAGGAAUAUGGCAACACAACCUCAAAAUCAGACCGAGCUGUUGGAGAAAUUCAGAAAGCUGCGUCAAUGGCAACAACAACAACAAGAAAGCAUGUACCGUCAGCAGCAGCUGGCUAUGGAAACACUCAAGGUUGAAAAAAGUAAAUUGCAAACCAUCUUAGCAGCUCAGAAGAAACUUCAAGAACAACAACAUGUUUUAAACCCAACAAAUUAUUCUCCAAAUUUAGAAACUGCAUCAAGCCUGAGGGAUGUUAUGAUUAUGCCAAGCCAACAAGAACAUUUCUCAAGGAUGCCCACAUCUGCUGUGAUGAGGCCAGAUGCUGAAUAUCAUUCCAGUGAAAUAGCUGGACCUCACAACACUCCUGCUCCUGUUUCAUUUCCCACAUCAUCAUCUGUUCCUGUUUCAGGAAGUGUGGUAACCCAAGUUGAAUCCUCCUCUAGUUCAUCAGAGUCACCAAAAAAUCUUUAUCAUUUGCAACAACAAGUUGCAUUCCCUGGAAUUCAGAUGCCAGCCAAAGGCAAAGAAAACCUUGAAGAAAGUGUAGCAUCUUUUAAUGCAACAGUUUAUCCUAUGAUGUGGAACUCACCAAAUUACCACCUCCCUUGGGGAUCAAUACCCAUCUCUUCUGGUGUACAAGUCACCCCUAUGCAUGGGCAGCCUGUUGUUGGUUUCACAAGUCCAGGUAGCCCCAUGUCACAUAUAGGGAUGAUUACCAGUAAAAUGACUACAGCUGCACAGGGUUCCCAAAGUCAAAAUUCAACUCCUGAGCAUGAAGGAUUCAGAAUGUAUAUUAGCCAAGAGACAGGGAUCCAGAGUGAUUUAGAAAUAAAUGUUAAAGGUCAUAAUGAUGCUCUUCAAAGAAACACUACUCCUAUUGCAGUCACACAAGGUAACGAAAGACAAUGGAAUCUGGAUCCUGGGGCACAACACCUUCUUGCUAGUGUGGAGUCUCAUGCUGAUGACCAGUCAGAUGUGGAUGCCAUGAGUGGAGUGUACCCUCUGUAUGAUUCUGAAUCUGAGGUAGGUUUAAAUGACGUAGGUCAAGGAGGGACUGAGGACAUGGAUACUGCAUCUGAUGCUGAAGAGGACUUUGAAGAAAGUUAUGAAAGGGAAAAAACUGUGAUAGACUUAACAGUUGCUUCUUUGGAAUCCAAUGUACCAGUAAGUAUUAACUUCCACGUACAUGUAAAAACGGAUGUGAUAUUAGUGACAUUCAGUUUAUUCCUUAAAAGUUAUAAUAGCUAGUUAAUCAUUGAACUGAUUUUGCAAAGCAAUGAACUUGUUGGUGUUGGCUUUGAACAAAAGAAUGUAGAGUGCUGACUGUGCUUUGCAUUGCCUGUUUUUUCUUGGAGAAAGGUUGAAUAUGGCUAAAAACGAUGAAGCAAUUUUGAGUCAUAUAAAGAAGCUAGAAGUUGCUUUGCAUAAUACAGUGGAACCUGAAUUUAACGAAGGGCCAAGGGACCGGCAAAAUGUGUUCACUAGAACAAAGUGUCGUUAUAUCAAGGUUGUUUUUCAUGUAUAGCUGAUUCAAUAAAGGCUUCUUUGGGCAUUGGGAAUUGGCCAUUGGGUAUUGGGCAUCUGAGCAUACGGAACAGUGUAAUUAUUUGCCUGAGUGACCACCAAACAAUAGCUUCCUUGUGCCCAAUUCCCAAUGCCCAAAGCAACGUUUAUUGAAUCAGCCAUAUUUUACAAUCACUGGGGUAAAGAAAAUAGUCCGUUAUACUGAGCACUUCGUUAUAUAGAGGUUCGUUAUAUCUAGGUUCCACGACCGUAGUGCUCUUCCAAGCCCUUCAGUUCUUGGAAAAUUGCAUGAGAAUACAAUCUCAAAGUUCAGGGUUAUUUGUGUUUAACUUUUGAAGGAAUUCAGGUGUAAGAGGUAGAUAUUUGAGGCCUGAUAAAUGUCAAAAGUAGUUGGAAAAAAUUGAAAAUCAGUAAGACAAUGUAGAUGGCUUUUAAUAUUUGUUCAAAUAGCCAUGAAUAAAAAGCAGCUCCCCUCUAACGAAUACUAACAGAAGUCAAGUCUCAUGCUGCAUGUGGGGGUAUACAGUUGCACAUGUAUAAUAUUAUGGUCAAAUUUGAUUUCAGGUUAAAUUGGAUUUAACCUAGGUUGAUUCUCAAUUUCCUUUGUUUCCUGGCCCUAAUUCAUGAAUGAUUAGGGGCUAGGAGACAAAGGAAUUUGAGAAUCAACCCAGGUUUAAAAAAUUUAACCUGAAAUCAAAUUUGACCUGUAACAUAUAUUACCGGUACAUGUAAUUUAUUAAAAACAGACACUUUUGUCAGAACAGUUCAUACGCUUUCUGACCUUUUAAAAUUGUAUUCAGUGUGUGUAGUAUGUCAUUUACUUCAUGCGAUUCUUUUUACAAUUUUCUAUUUAGAAUGAAAAUCAACAAGGAAGUGAAAAACCUGAAGAAAAUGAUGAAAUGAGACCUAUCAAACCAGGCAUAGGUACGACAACAUUCAAUAACUGCAUCUACUUUUUAUGUUAUGAGUGUUGUAUCUUGUAUCCUCAAAUUUUCCUUUUCACUGUCAUUUCUUAUUAAUAUCCAGGAAGCGGAUCUGCUGUAAAGACAUUCGAGGAACUUUUAGAGAAACAACUUAAACUUGAGGAGGUUAGCUCUGUUACAUGUGCGUCAUGUCUUGUUUUUAUUUUGGAUUCUGUGCUCACUUAUUGUGACACAUAGAUAUAUAUUUUUUAGCAACUUAUAAUAUAAUUUGCAGUCUGUCUACUUUGAAUUAUCUUUUAUCAACUUAACUCAAGAUUUUAGUGAUGUAAUAAUUGGUCUACGCCCACAACAAACACAUUUUUAUGUGAAUAGACUUGUUGCUCCUGAUCCUUAUAUAUACUAUUCAUUGGAAAUGCAGGGUAUCUUAAUAACAAGUUGUGUUAAUUUUUUUCUGUUAUUUUGUUAAGGCUUCCAAAGAAGAGAAGACAUCACAGGAAAAUGCAAAGCAGAAACCUCAGAGAACAUUCCUCAGAAAAGGUCAAGGGCUUGCCAGGUUUAAAGGAAAAUCAACAUCAAAUAAACCAGUAGGUCUACAAAAGCAAUCAACAAAUCAGUCAUCAACAGCCCCUCAGAAAAAGGAAAAGAAGACAUCUAGGAAUAUGGAGUCUGGUUUGCCUCAAGGAAGUAUCAAACCAGUUGGUGUCUCUGUUAGUCAGAGCCAGGUACUGUAACAUUUGGUAACUUUAAUAUAUAUACUUAUAUUGAUAUAAAAAAAAAUUUCCAUCCUUUACACAGCAUGCAUUUAACUGUAAUCAAUGCUAAUCAAGUUUUUGGGGGGCUAAGUAUACAUGCUAGCAACAGCUUGCCCAAAUGCCAUGGCAAGCUGUAAAACUGAUAGUAAAUUGUUUUUGUAAUGCUUAACCCAUUUGCCCCUGAGCCGCUUUAACCACCCAUGCCGGUCUACUCCUGGUCCACAUGCUUUCUACCACUUUUGACAUCAUCAGUUUUAACUGUCAAGAACAACUUUGUCCACCAACUUGUGCAGAGUGAAUAGAUCUUUCAGACCAUUCCAGAAUAAGCACAAUUCAGUCAAGGACACCGGAGAAAAAGGCAAAAAACCAUGUAACAUUGACCUGAAAAUUUCCAUGAAAAUUUUGUUCCAUGUUACCCACCUACAUUUCCUUUCAUCUAAUCCUAAGAUCCUAAAAGCUUUCCUAAAAACCUUUGCUACCAAAAUGAAGCCUACUAAAUGCACAGCAAGAGAAAAAAAAAAGAGGCAAGAAAAGCGAAAGUAAAGACUGUUGUGUCACUUUUAAACCCAAAAAAUCUCGAAAUUUUGCUUUCUGCACAUGCCCGAACUUCGCAAGCUGUUAUUUGCAUCUGGAUCAGAAGGCUAUGAAGUGCAAGACCUGUACUGGCUUUGUGGUAAGUUUUUGCUCUUAACAGCGCCACCGUGACCAGAAAACCGCUUGACUAGCUUUAAAAUAUGUUUUUCAGGAAAAUCUCCAGGGACGAUUGGGUUAAUACACUAGCUCUGUACCUUUUGGUGUCCACAUUAUAAAAUUUUGACUGAAAACCAGUUCGUAUUUGCAAGUACAAAAGUACAUCUUGAUCUAUUAACUGUGGUGCUAAUUUGUUUAUCACAGUUAACUUCUAUUAAUUGCCUCCCUGGCCUUGGGAAAGGGACAAGUAGACACUUAUUCACUUACAGUCCUUCUCUUUGGGACUCUUGUAACUGGCCAUUUAAUUGAGGAUGGCUGCUUUAAAAUUGCUGGUUUUCAACCACUUGACAAGGUGGACACGUUGAUGGACAAAACAAUAUUUUUUUUACGUAGAAUUUGCAUGGAAAAAUAGUUUUGUUCCCCAGUGGAGGUAAACACUGUUAUUCUUGUCCAAAAGCAUGCUUGCCAUGAUGUCAGUUGAAAACCAGCAAUAUUGGACGGACCUCUUAAUUAAUUAAUUUUUAAUUUUUUGACUGUAUCAUUACUAAUAUUUUGCAGAUUACACGCAAAGUUGCAUCUAAAAGUGCUCAGGGGCUUGCAAAAAAUGAAGAUGCCACAGUUGGAAAGAACCCAAAGAGCGAGGAUGGCACAAAAGGAAAAACAGUACUGGCAGCUCCAACUGACAAACCAAAGCCAAUAGCAACAAGGUGAAUUGAUUAAUCAGCAAUAGUGAGCAACACUUAAAAAGGGUACUGUGAAACAGUGGCUGGAUCAAGUAAACUAGUUUCUGACUGAUUGCAUUUUCGUUGGUAGGGGUGGAGAUAGGGGCUGAUGAGUAGGGGUGGGGGAGAUUAAUAAAAAUAAACUGAAGUAUUAAUUAGCAGUAGCUGCUUAGUAAUGAAAUCAGUGAAUACUGAUUAGUUAAUACACUUGCAGUGCACAUACUCUUCCAAACAAGGGCACAUGUCAACCAAUAAUUUUGUAGUUGGAUGUCCUUAGUUUUAAACUAAACUAGUCUUAAACUUGUCUAGUUUCAAAUACCAAAUGCCUUUUCUUGCAGUUCUGUGUUUAGGAGAGCAGAGGGGAAUAAUCCAGCUGGUGUCCUUAAUAGCAUUGAUGCCUCAUUUCAAAUGAGACUACAAGAAUUAGAGGAAAAGCAAGAGGUGUGUAGUAUACACAUGGUUAUGUUGUGAUUCAAUUUGUUCUUGGUUCUUUCUUGCUAAGUCAGAUACUGUCAUUAAGAAAAAGAGAAAGAACAGUAAAAUUGAACCGUAAUGUAUCAGGGCUCGAAAAAUUCUGGUCCAGUAGUUCAGGACAACUAGGUUUUCUUGCUGGGCAAGUAACUUUUAUUAAGUUCACUUGCUCAAUGGGCAAGGAUCCAGGCGAGUCAUCCUCUAACAAAAUCAUUAACUAAGACAAGCAAGAAGUGGCCCCUCUCAAGCAAAAUAUGAGAGCUGCUUGCCCAAAGGACAAGCUAGCCUAGAAUUCAAGUUGUUUUCAAGCCCUGUGUAUAUGCACGAGAUUAUGUGGUGAGCAAGGAUGUGUCUCAAAGCCAAUGCUUUAAGACCGAAUAAGUUUGUUGUCUUCAAGUCAGUUUGGGUAUUUCUCCAGGAUUCCCUUCAUUUGUUUACCAUUUGAUCUGACAGGAGCUUAUUACAACGCUGGUAAUAAACAGAUUUAACAAAGAAAUUUAAUGACAAAAACGUAAAUGUAUGUAAGAGAUGUUUACAUUUUUUUUCUAAUCCAGUUAGAGGAAGAAGAGCUGGAAGAGUUUGAACUUUUAGAGCAAGCUGCAGCAAAUGCUUCCUUUUCGUCCAACUCAUCAGUUGUUGUGAAGGUGUUGGCCAAAGCUCGAGGGAGCAAACAGCUCAGAGGUAGUUCUUGUUAAAUAAAAAAUGUGCAGUUCAUACAUUUUCAUGUUUUUACCGAAUUGUUUUACACGUACAUGUACUCCUUUAUGCAUACCUUACCAUGGUUAAAUUCCAAAAUCUUAAAAUAAAUUCUGGCUGAGAAAAAAACGCUUUUACUGGAAAUCAGGUCAUACGACUGUGGUCGACUAUGACCGGUCUCAACUAAAUUAAAGUGUCUCAUGAAAGUAUUGGUCUGUGGAGAUGCAAAUAGAAGAGUACUUUAUAAUCACAAUAUUGUACUUUUAUUGGGGGAAGUAUUAAAAACUACAUCCAUAGCAGACCACAGAAAAAUGAAAAUCGUAGUUUGUUUGAAACGCUUUUUUUAAAGUCCAGUUACAAAAACAACAACAACAAAAACAAAGAAUAGCGGCAGACUGUAAACGACCAAAAACGGCCGCAAAUUGACAAAUUUUACUGUACUUUUCAAGGGAACUCAAAUGUGGCGCCCCCUUUUUUGUUUAUUUAUGUAAAAACGGAAAAACAAAGCAAAACUGGAAAAAAGACACAAGUAUGAAAACCCCCAAAACACACUUUUCUUUUUGACGAAGACUUGAAAAGCAAAGGGAACUCUGAUAGCCAUUAAAGACACCAGUUCCCCCUCCCCCCACUGCUCCCACCCUACCCCACCACUCUGCGGUUCAGCUGUUCGGAUUUUAUAAAAGCAAUACUAAUUUCAUUUCCAGGCACCGAGGGAAUUCUGAGUCCCGUUGAUACUGGUUAUGGUAGCGGUGAUGGUAAAGUAACGUCAUCAGCUGAUCAGUGUAGACUUAAAAACAUGGUUCAACAGCAGGACAAUGGUAAAAAAAAUAAUAAAGAAAGAAUGGAAACAUUUUAAUACUUGGGUGUCAUAAUGAAGCGAGAGGGGAGGAGAAGAGGAACGCUUGCAAGCCGGCGAUUCUGAAAUAGGGUUAAGUUCAAUCGUACAAUAUUUUAAUGGUUUGUCUACAAAAAGUAGUCAUUGCAACUUAAAAGUUUCUCUCAUUUUGGAAUGGAAAUAACACUUCCAGCCUCUCCUCUCUCUUCCCUCUUUCGCAGUUUAGGUUUCACCUCAACUUUCGUUUGCCCUCAAUUGUUCAAGGGUGGAUAGCGCUAUCCACCGGAUAAAACUCUAUCCAGUGGAUGUUGCAAUUAGUUUCCUUAAUACUUAUCCGCUGGAUAGUGAUUUAUCCUCUGGAUUGCGCUCUCCAACGUUUGAACAACCGUGGCCUGGUCAAAAAGCGGAAAUUCUUCAUUCGCGUGGGACCGUUCGCGCUACUUGGACCAAGGCUCAUCAUCGUACUGACGCUCUUUGCAUUUCUUUUGUAAAGUCUAAUCUGGCCCAUAAUGAAUAAGAUUCUAAACUCACUGAGAACAGGGAAUGCGAAACCUCUCCAGUUUACCCUGGUGAUUUGUCGUGCGAAUUUUACUGAUAUUUGUUAUGCAACUUUGUUGCGACUUUGUAUUGGGCGGUAUUAACUAGCGGUGAUAUCAUGUCGAUUUGUCGCCGUGUAGUCAUAGUCAUUUCGGACUUGCUCGAAAAACUCCCUUAAGGUUGAUUUCCACUGGUUCGUUUUUGGCUACGCACGUUAACGCACGAAAAUUAUAAUCACGUAAAUAAAACAGAGGCAAGAUAAAAAGUGAUGAGCUUAAACGAGAAGUUGAGUGAGGUUCAACUUUUACGCUUACGAGCAACCUUUCAUGCGUUGCCUCUAUUUAUAUUUGCGUACGUAAAUUUUACGCACGCAGCCACGUAAAAAUUGCGCGAGACUGGAAAUCAACCCUUAGCGGAAGAGUGUUACUUUUGAUACAAUUUCCGGCCGGCAGGGUGACAUGAAAAGUAAAAAAAUCGCCUUUGCCCUUCGGGUAAGCUGUUACUGAAGUUUACUAGCCUGGAGCAGUCGUGAAGACCAGCCAACCCCAUUUUUCACUUACAUCUACUUUAAUUUAUCUCAGCAAAUGUUACCUGACCGACGCGGACAACUUGUAAUUAAAACAUUCUAGCAAGACAGUCGCUCCACUAGCCCCAGGCUAUCGGACAGCACUUUUGCCGCGCCCUUUUAUACGGUAACUACUCUUUAAAGACUGGAAUUUGCGAUAAAAUUGCCAUAAAUUCGUAACUAAAUCGCGCGGCAAAUUGAAUAAUGGGUAAAUUGACGAUUUUUGUUGCCCCGGCAGUCAGUGAAGAUGAAGAUAGCGACAUCACAUUACAAGAGAUAAGCUUGGACAGUGCUUUGGAGCUUGAUAGGAAUGGUGAAAUCCCCAAAGAGACAACCGGAGAUCAGCACGCUAAAGGUAGUUUCAUCAUUAUAUCUCGUGUUGGUACUGUUACAAUGCUGAGGGAGAUGUAACAUGAAGACAGGUUUAAACUAAGGACGGAGUAGGGGUGUGUGUUGUAAUCAGAGGCGCAUGGCGUUCCGAUUCCUCCUUGGGAGGAUUCGGAGCGCUUGAUCCGGAAAAUCAGAUUGUAAGAGUUGCGUCCAAAGAGGAAGAUUGAAACCAAUCGCAACGCGUGGGAACGAGCUUUGUAAUUUUUUUGAGUUCUAGUUCUGCUGGCGACUGCGACAUUGAGGUUUUCACUUGAUCGUAAGCGACGAAUUCGUGAUUCUUGUGAGUCCGAAUUCGUCGUGUUUAUGAUUUCGCUUGCGACGCGGCCUUUCUCUGCUUAAUAUCAAAGAUGGUGACUACAAGUAGCAAAUAAAAACUGAGCGUUUGCUUUACCUAAACAUAUGCCUAUGUUGCGGGCUACUAAGUCAAGAGUUCACAUCCCCGUUAAGUCUUUAGAAUUGUCUCCUGACAAUGACAAUACAUCAUUGAGAAAAGCGGUUUUGAGAAUAAAUAAAAUUGUCUUUAAGGGGAAAAUGUCUUGGUAUUUUACAAAAUUCUCUUAAUUUAUUCUUUACGGAAAUGUAUGGAGAUUUAAUAGUCAGAGGAAUAAUUUGUGUGUGUGGAUAUUUGGGCUUUAAGUGUUGUUAAUGUUUUCUUUUUCUUUUUCUUUGGAUAGCUCCUUUAUAUAAUGAUCCAGGCUCGGCGUCUAUUGUAAUCGAGGACGACUUCAAUGACGAGGAAGCUUGGGGCGAGAUAAAGAGGCAGGCGGGAAGCAACGCAGAGCAUUUGAAGAACGCUAAUAGGGAUGAUUAUGAUAAUGAUGAUGAUGAUGAGGAUAGUGAUGUAACAAUCAGCGACAUUUUCCCUCUGGUAACUUCCACUCCUCCUGCACAUUCAAAGGGUGGAAGAGCUCAAAUAACAACAGAGCAGGCUGCAAUGAGUUGUGCUGACGGAAUCAUCGCAUCGACACCACCAACGUCUGCCCUUGUUACUAAGUUGUUUCCACAGUUAAAGCCAAAGCAAAAAGCUACUGUAAGUAGAGCAGGGGUUGGGGUAUGAUUUUCCAUAAUUCAUGUUAUCUAAAAACGUUGUUCAGUUACAGGUCGUCGCUUUGAUCUUACUCCUCACGGCAACAAGCAAAAGGAGUUGAUAGUUUAACUUUCAAUGAUAACCUCCCGGACGGGGGUGGGGGUACUCCCAAAAAUGACCUAUACGGGGAGGCUCCGCCCGAAAGGGGUACCUUUUUCAGGCUUCAGGUGUAUGAAAGGGAAGGGAUUUCACUGACAUGAAGGGGUAGGGAUCUCACUGGCUGAAGUAUAUGAAGGGGUAGGGAAAUCUGUCAUUUUAGUCUUUAAAUGGUCCAAAUGGACUAACAGAUGCAUUUUAUGGCUGUGAAAAAGUCGAGGAAACGUUGUGGCUUUUUGAUUUAUUCCUAUUUUAAAGAAAGCGCAUUUACAGCAGUUAAAAGGGGAUGCAAAGUUCUAUGCUAGGUAUGUUAGAGGAGUAUCAUUUGUGAAUAGAAGGUGUAUGAAAGGGCUGCCUUUUCUGUCACAACUGGGCCCAGUUGCUCGAAGCGUGGUUAGCGUUAACCAGGGUUUAAUACCUUGACAACGUAUUGGUUUUGAUACUGCUUAACCAAUGGUUAAAGCUAGCCAUUGUUUGAGCAACUCAGCCCUGGUAUAUAAAAGGGGUAAGGGGUGGGACCUCGGGGCAGAGCCUCCCCGUAUAAAACUUUGUUGACUACCCCGUCCCUCCGGGGAUAACCCCAGUGAAACUCCCAAUCCAGUGAUUUACAUAAAUAAACACAGUCAAGAAAAUUAGGCAUCAUUAGCUUUAUGACUUUAGCCAGAACAAUUGUUCGUAACGGUCCCGAAAAACUGGCACUGGAAAAAAAGAGUUGCAGAAGGCCUAAGUUUCGAACGCCAGCCAGUAGCUUAUCGUUAGGGAGAGAAAAUUCGAUUUCGCUAAGAGUUUCACUGUGGCCACUCUAUCAACCAAUUGAAGACGAUAGCGUCUUCAUCGACGCGUUAUCACAAGUCAUUUUUAGACAACUUACCCUUCGAACAAGUAAAAUUCAUCCACGGCUUUUGUUUCUUCCUCUAGCAGGUCGACACAAAACAACCAGUUACUGAAGUUGCUCCGCAGACCAAACCUGCAGAAGAAAAGAAAGAAGAAGCUUCAGACGCUGUUCAGAGUAUAGCGGUCCGGCAAAAACUGAAGGAACUGGAAUCUGAGAUUGAUAAGUUCAGGACUGAAAAUGCAGUUCUAGCUAAGAUGAGAACUGAACGAGAAGAGGUGAGGGAAAAUUUGCUGUGAGAGAGUGAUCCAAUUCACAGGAAACGGUUCAUAGCCAGACAAAAUGCAAAAUGAGGGGUAAAUAAGUAUUAGAUUUUGUGUAAAUGUUAAAAAGUGAAAGUGGUCUUAAGAGGAAGUCCCAUAGUUAAAAAUGCGUCCGAGGCAAUCGCUUUGUUACAUUGGCUACCCUAAUGAGCAAACAGUGAUUGCUUUCGUUUAGUGUGGUACGUAGCUAUGACUGGAUUUACCAAAGAGGAUUGGUUUGGAAGGUUGAUUUGUUGCUUUCAACUCACGGGACACUGUCCGGCUUAAAGUUUUUGAAAUAUGGGCUUCUUGUGAAGACAGAAUUUGUGGAGUUGGUUAUGCUCUCUAAUUAUUUUUCUUAAUGAUUAUACGUUUUCAGAGCAUAUCGUGCCGUUCCCGCGCUCCAUCUAAGAUAAGGGACGGUUUUAGUCCUUUGGGAAACAACUCGUGCACGUUCGUCAAGUUCUUAACCUUAGGUUGUUUCUGUAUCGCUACAGUUGUUCACUCUCUCUCUUGUAAAAAAGGAACUCACUUCUAAAUGGACAAGUGUACUUUGUAGCGUUUACAAAUGGAAAUCCUGUAUAUAUUGUACAUUUGCAGUUCUCGGUAUUGCAUUGUUCCUCAGGGUUUGAAAAAACUCCAAACUGAGAUCGCCGCAUUUGACAAGCAGAAAACAGAGGAACUUGAUCGACUGGAGCAGUUCAGAGAGGAGGAACUUCGAAAAUUACGGUGUGUGUCUUUUUGUCCAAAUAAGUAUUAGUUUUCUUUAACUGUAAUUGUAACUUCUGAUUUCUUGUUUCGAAGUCAAGGCCCUUCUGCCUUAACGUCCCACCGAAACGAUGGAACAGUUUCGUCCAACAUCUUGCGUUUGGUCGCUUCUCUCGACUUUCCAUUUCUAUUGCCUUCAUUUGACAUUUUACGGCCGCCAAAUGAUGCUUGUUUAGCCACCUCUACCAAAACUGGACGAGAGUCCAGAGAGGAUAUCAUUAACAUGCGCGUCGUGAUAACCUUGUUCUCAGUUAGAAAAUUAGCCUCUACUUUCUUACCGAGAGUGUGAUCAUGUGCUUACCUCUGACGCCAAGAAGAUAGGAGUGUCCGAAACAAGCUCCUCUGAGACAGGAGCGUAGGUUGCUGACGGAGACAAUCUAAAGCCGGCGGACAAGAGAUGUGAGACUUUGAGCCCAUUAUUCCGCCUCUCCUCGCUCCCCGUCGUUGAGACGUUUCAGGAACCUUCCUCAGCGACGUGGAACGAUUUCGCCCGGUACUGAGGUUGAGGUUAAAGAAAAAUGGAUACAAUAGCGAGUCUCCUUAAGGUUUAAUUACCGGUAGUUUUUUUCCAACCCUUUACAAAACCCCACUGUUGUUGUCAUUGCCAUUUUUGAUUAUCUCAACAUAGGUUGUUUAACAAUUAUUUAUUUUGUAGGCGGGAGAGACGAGUAUUUGAAAAAUAUCAGAAAGCCGCUCGAACUAUGCCAGACAAGAAGGAACGCGAAGAGAUCGAGGCGUUGCGAACACAAGUAAGAAAACAGCAAGGAAUUUUAGUUAUAUACACACUGCUAGGGAUAGACUGAUAUAUGUUGUGGUUCAGUUUUAUCCUCGGUUUAAACUUUAUUUUCUUUUGUUUUUGGGUAUGGUAAUAUGAAAACAACUUGAUGAAAAUGAGUUUGAAAAAAAAGAAAAUAAAAUUUAGACUAAUUAUAAAACUGAACCACAACAUAUACACUGCAAGAUCAAUCGUUCCGUAACGAAACCUGAACUCUUGUAGAACUGUUAUUUUUGUCUUCCUCAGAGAAAUCACGAUUUAUUUGAGACUAAGAUGUUUUCACACCGCCAAAUUUUUUAAAGGGGGGAGCGUUGCGUGACAUCCAAAAAACGGCUGCAAGGGAGACUACAAAUUUGUGGGCCCGAUUUGUAAGGAAAACAUCUAACGAAGGGCGCCAUGAUGGGCCAAAUUUCAUAUUAGUGUUCCCCUUAUGGUUUCCUUUCGGAUAAAUUUAGGUUUCCGAGAAACUGCCCACCUACCCCUCCCCCUAAGCCAACAUUUUGCUUUAAGUGAGAAGCAAGUGUUAAUGUUAGCUUAGGGGAGGGGUAGGUGGGCAGCUUGCCAGAAACCUAAAUUGGAAAGGGAUCAAAACCGUUAUAUGUAGAGGGAGGUGUAUACCUUGAUCAUACUUCAUCGUGAAGUAGUUGUCAUGUUUAUUGUAGAUUAGUUGACCAUGUUAAGGGAAUGGACCUGUGUAUAUUUUGUUUCUCUUUCAAAUACAUGUAAAAUGCUGUUGACAUCUUGUCUCAGCUGUUGCACUCCGUAACAGUAAAAAAAUACCGCAAAAUUCCGAAAAUAAGCCCCGGGGCUUAUAUUUUUCAAAGGCCCUUUUUGAGGGGCUUACUUUUGGAGGGGCUUAUCAACGGAAGGAAAUUUGCGUCGAUUGGGCUAGCCCUAUAGUUGGAAGGAAAUUUACCGUUUUUGCUUUGUUUUACUUUGUAUUUGAGGGCAAUUUCCAAGUACAAGCCCCCGGGGGGCUUAUAUUUGGAGAGGCGAUUAAACGGAGGGUUUUUUGCAUUACGAGUUUGGGGGGGCUUAUUUUUGAAGGGGCUUAUACACGGAGAGGCUUAUUUUCGGAAUUUUACGGUACUUCUAGAAACCAAAAUAAAAGUUCUCAAGAAUGACGAGCACGUGGCGUUUUUAAAAAGGAAUAUUUUAUACAGACUGAUUUCGAUGCUGGAAUUUGCGUUCUGUAUAAAACCUCAGUUCAUGUUUUAUCAUAUAUUGUAAAUGUUAUAGGAGACUGAAGAACUUUCGCCACUUGAUGCUUCGAGCACUGAGAAAUACGUAAUUUUCAUCACUGGUUAUUUUAUGUAGCUAUUAGUCAAUGUUAAUGUUCCAUAUUAUUUAGAUGUAAGUGACUCAUGAACGUUGAAGAGGUGGGGAUGUUUCUAUUAAAUUCAAUAGUUGUAGGGAAAAUUUAUGAUGCGUUGGUGGGUUUCAGACUCGAAGAUGCAUUUUAUAUGGAUAAAUAAGGCUUAAAACAUCGGGCUUUCGUUGACAUUACAGUUCAUAAAAAUGGACGUGACAAAAGAACAUAAGAAGACCAAGGAAAUGAAUUUAAAAUUCAAAUGUUUGGGAGAGCGAGGAGAGGGAGGCCAGCAGUGGAAAGAGUUCACCGAAAAUGUCGUGUUCUACAUUCUACAAUUUCUAUCAGUGGUGCUAAAUACGACCACUAUUGAACGCGUCAUAGUUCGACCGUAAGGUAGUGCUGCAGAAGAUUUAAAGUGCCUUGAACCCGAUGAUGUUGGCGACGUGGAUAUCGUUAUUUUUCCGAAUUGUGACAACUUAAUAAUCGACGAAGAGAUGAUUGAAUGUUCGCCAAGAAAUCCACUUCACGUCAGAAUCAAAGGACAAAAUCAUCCUGUGUUGAAGUCCUGUCUUGCAGAAAACACUUGUUACGUGGCUACGUCAGCCUUGAAAAAUUUCAAUUCCAACAUUUAUGGCAAGUCGGGGUCUCGUUUGUUUAAGUUCAUUAUUCAAAGUCUUCAACAGAUAAAGUCUCAAGACACUUUUCAAAGUACUUGCCAUUUGAAAAACAAAGUUGACGGCCCAGCUGUAACACUAGAUUUUGCCCAGUCAGCUCAAGACGCGCAAGAUUUGCCGAAUGUUUACGCGGCUCAGUGGGAGUGGCUGAUUCGUCAUUUGUGUUCAGCAAGCGGAAAGCUUCAUACAAGGGAACACGCUGAAAUUGUCAAGGUUGCUUCCCAGUUCUCGAGUGGAGUACUAUUUUCUGCUACCUGUGGCAAAGGUCUCACUUUUGCAUCCAAGAUUUUAUCGUUUGCAGAUUUUUACUGUAGCGGCAGAGGUCAAGACUUAAGAGGCAGAUUUCGCGAUGCAACCCGAGGACAAAUCAAAACAAGGCGAGAAACGAAAAGCUGUUUGGCCCAUGUGCGCAAUGUUGAUCAACAAUCUCUCAAACAAGAAUACGAUUACGGAUAGGUAAGCUCAAGGCACCCUAUAAGCUGGUUUGAUGGGACUCUUACGGAGCCUUGUAACUCACCAAAAAAGGCUGAAGAUGAUCACAGAUCAGCUAACGAGUUGAAGCAAUCAAACAAGCUCCAGGUUGAUCAUCUGGCCCGAACUGUGGCUGAAGCAAAGGGAAAUUCUUCAAUAGAAGAUGAAGACGCUGGCAAACUAAAUUUCGACCAGCAGGUUGGCGGACUUGAUUUUGUGCCUGCUCUAAGGUCCCAUGGCUGGCCCAAAGUUGCAAGGGAAUGGAUCAAAAGAGAACGUAAAUGGCCUUCGCAUACCAUGGUUGAAAGUGUUAUUCAGGAGGGAUUUCAUUUGGUUGUGAAACCUCCAAAGAACGGUAAUCCGGAUUGCGACUUCAGGAUCUCCUUUGGCCAUGCAGAGUAUUUGUUAAGCCAAGAGAUGAAUGAAAUUCAGCGCAAGUGUUACCGAUGUCUGAAGAGAUACCAUCGAGCUUAUCUUGCUGUUGACCCGAAAGGCUUGGUGACUUUUCACCUUAAACAUAUUCUUCUGCAAACUAUUGAAGAAACUGGCGCGAAGGUAUGGACGGAGAACAACAGAGCCGAGUGUAUGCUGAAGCUCCUUGGAAACCUUUUAGAGGCUCUUCGGAAGAGGGAGUUGCGACAUUUUUUUGUGAGAUCAUACAACCUGUUUGGCGGCGACUACAUUGAAAGUCCCAACAUUUUGGGUUCUUUAGCUGGAAAAGUUGAGCAGAUCAUAAACAAUCCGAUACAAUUUGCCAAAGCGAUCACCCAGAAACGAGAAUCUGAAGCAAGUCAGAAAGAAAAACGAGUUCCAACCAGAGAUUUAACUGGGUGUGCGAAAAGUUCCUCAGCUGACAAAGAGCGAGAAUAUGACCCAUCCAGAAAAACCUCAUCGUUUGAUACAGAUUGCAUUCCGUUAGACUGACAUAAAAAUUCUUCGUGAGGAGAAUUGACCAAUGAGGGCAGGAGUGCAGGGCAUUCCUGGGUGUUUCUUCAGACUGAAGUCCAGAUUUUAUCUCAAUCCGGCGCUGACUUAAUUGUUUAACGGGAGAAUGUGUCCUCGAGUGCAUUUUUAUUAUUUACAAUACUUGUUUCGGCUAUUGUUAGAAAAUAAAAAAACAAAAAAACCCUUUUAACAGCGAAACAGAAAACAAACAAAGACACUAGAAUCGAACCGGCCCUGUAUGACAUUUCACAAUUUCACACUACUGCAGUGCAGUAGUUUAGACCUAAACCAUUUAUUGGUAACUCAGGUUAAUCGAUGUAAUAGGUAAUUAAAGCCAAACUUAUAGAUGAAUAGUAGAGUCUUAAUAAAGCAAUCAAUCUUUCGACUGUUACUGUAAUCUUGUUACCAGUGUGUCUUGUUUUUCCGAGUUUUCCUGUUUUUACGUAGUCCUUUACUUUGUUUUCGCGCGGAGGAAUGAAAAUAUAGGAGAUUUCCCUAUGACAUUCUUUUUAUGCAAGAAAGUGAUGAGAAGGGAAGGGGGUGUUUUUUUUUUUGCCCAAUGGAUAGGCUCUUUUCUGGGGGCUAGUUAUAGAAGAUACCGCGGUAUUUUACAGUGAUAUUCCCCUGCAUUAGCCUCAUCUUCGGGCCACCUUAUUGGUACUUUCAAAUUUCGCGAUUUUAGCGAGAUGGUAUUUCGCGGGGUUUUGUUUUAGCGAUUUUAAUUUAAGCGUUCUCAACUUCAUUUUAUUUUUCUAAAAAGGUGGAACCUUUAAAAAUAUUUUAGAUAGACUGGAACAGGCAAUAUGUGAAAUCUUUUCAAAUAUAACGUUUUUUCACAACUGAAAAUACAAAAUGGAGCUUACCAAUAAAACAAGCAAUUUGUGUUUGUCGAUACAUAUCAAUGCUAUUACAUGUUAAUUGCGAUUAAAAUUUUCUAUCUGGGUAUUAAAUUUCGCGAUGUUUUUACAAUCGCGAAAAACGCGAAAUUAAGUACCAGUGAGGUAGUUCCAUUCCUCUUUCGAGAAUUCGAAUAUUCAACAUUUCCACAAUUCCCAUAAUACACCUUGUUUGCCCCUUUUUAAUUUCUUCUUGGUAUUACAGCCGUCUCAAGGGAAUUUAGAGCAAUGCUAAUACAGUUUUUUUAGGGGAACUGAAUGGGGGAGGGGAAUAAACAAAAUGAAUUAUGAGCAAUGUGAGACUGGUGAAUGGCUUAUUCACCACUCCACUAUGGAGAGAACCUGAACACUUGUUUUGGUGCUGUUAUGCCUGGGAUUUUUUCGGUGAUCAAUUUGAGCUGUUAAAAUACUUUAAAUACUACCAAGUUAUGGAAACUCGUGCUUGUUACCCGAACAUGUAUUUGUGCUCCCAAGAGGCCUCUUUUUGUUGGAGGGAGAUUGGCAAGAGGAAAAAAAAAGAAACCGCGAGGGGGAGGAUGGGAAGGGGUAAGAAAAGAAGAGAGGUUGUCGCCCUUUCCGUCUUCCCAUCGUCCAACCCUCGCUCACUUUUUUAAAAUAUUCAUGAUUUAUUGCAAUACCCAGUGAGAGCCUCUGCACAUGCCAAAAAUCCCAAUUUAAAACCCUGCACUUUCUGUAGUGGUAAAAUAUCCUCCCAGCCUAGAGAAGGUUUUAUUGGAACUCAUGAACUGUGGGGUUGAGUCAGAUAUAUUUAACUCAAUUAUUUUUUUAGCACUGGUUUGUGUCAUGUUUUGUAAUGUAAAUUUUCAGAUAAUAAAAUUGUUAAACAGCAAACAAACAAACACUAUAAUCGUGUAAAGGGCGACAGAAAAAACUGCUUACAGAACCUACGGAAUUUACUGUCAUGAAAUUAGGAAAUCUGGACAUUGAUGUUUUGGGCGGCUUUCAUCUUUACAAACUACAUCUUUUUCAGGUAGCAGAGCUACAAGAAGAACUUAAGCGUCGUGAAUCACGCUGGUCAGCGGCGUCAACACGCAGUCGACAGAGAAUAGAAGUUCUAGAACAACAGAACAAGGAAUUACAAGAGGAAGUGAAACUGUUAGAACACUAUCGACUUCAGCAGUGGAGAGAAGAUGAACAGGCAAAGGUUGGGGCAUAAAAACGUUUCUAGAGUUUAAUAAUGAACACACGCUCCUCAGUAGGCCAUAAGCUAGCAUUUAACUUUGCAGUAAUUUAAAAUGUUGGUAACGCAAUCAUAACGUAAUUACGGCUGUCCAAGUGGUCUACAUUGUGACCCACCAACACGGACAUGCAAACAAAUAACAAGUGAGAAAUUUACUUGUUAUAUUAACUAAAACAAAGCAAAAUGGACUGGUUCGUUAGAUAGGAACCGCGAUUUUUAUUCUUUAGAUUUUGAUUUGAAUAUUUGAUUUCGGGCCCGAAAAUUUACCGGGAGUUUCGAGAAACGGGUCCCAGCACCCUUGACUUGCACUCUCUUUUAAUAUACUACAAGUGUCAAUUAUUUGGAGAUUCUACAGUACAGAGAUGCUCGUUUUGCCAGCUUAACAACAGAAAAUUUGUUUGUCAGGCAAGGGAAGAAGCGGAUUCAAGACCGAAGAGACCUAUACAACGAAAACUUGUCAAAACAACAGAAGAAGGUAACUCUUGUUUGGUUUCCGUGAAUCAAAUCGAUUUAGGGCCGCUUUAAGUUACUAAGUGUAAGAACAAAGAAAACAUCUCAAGGUCGUAUUUUUUUGUACGCAAAUGAGAGGCGAAUUAUGUUACUUUCAAGUUACUAAAUAAAUUUGGCGCGAAAUGCAACAGUCGAACAAAAACAUUUGACGAAGAAUGUAAUAACGCCUUUAACUAAAAAUGAAAUACCAAGAAGGAUCACAAAUAUUAUAAAAAACAGACGACAUGUCGUGGCGCAAUCAGUUGUUUCCCAGGGAAAAUUAAGUCUGAAGAACAAGCGUAGAAGUUCCAUACUGAUGACGUGUCACUACCCAGAUCCGGGUGGCGCUUCUGACUGUUUUUUUUUUUGCUUCAUCCAAUCAGAAGCACUGCACAGAUCUGGGUAUGGAAUUUCUGCGCUCAGUUUCUCUUAGCUGGGAAACCAGUGGUGUCGCGAAAUGUUGGCUGCCCUCUCGGCUAACAUUAUCUGCGCGAUAUUGAGAUUUAUUAUUAUUACCUUUAAUGCAGAAUUAGGAUAAAACCAUGUGAUGCUAAUUGCUUUACUUUCUUGGGUGAUGUUGUCGCAUUUACGUUCAUGAGGCGUACAAUAACGUCGCAUUUAAUACAGUUUUCAACUGCUUGUUACUCGCUUUCUCGUAGAGUCCGGACCCAGACUUCCUCUGAGUCAUCGAUCUCCGCCUUUAAAGCCCGCUCUUGUUGAAGCAGUCUCAAGGUCCACUCCAGACAAUGCUACCGCUGCUUCAGAAAACAGGUACCUUUCAAGCCUUUUUCAGCCAUCGACCCAAGAAGGGUACUGCUCUGUGAUGCCUCUCGGAUUACUCAUCAAUAGAAAGCAGUUUUAGUCUGGAAAUUGUUGCCAUACUCUCUGCGUAUUAAGCUGGGAUGGGAUAUUAGGGAGCUUAAGCAACAACGACGGCUACGAAAACGUCACGUAAAAAGUGAAUUUGCGCUGCCUCAAAAUUUAUCGCGCUUAUUUCAUCUCGUUUAAUUCGUCAAAUGUUGGCAAUUUUUUUUGGAGUUGAAUUCUAAAGGACUGUAUCAAAGUUUAAGAAAAGAAAAAGAAAUUUGUUGUCUUGCGUUCUCGUUCUCGAGAAAACGGGAAAUUAGGCACUUUCACGCAGUAGUCGUGCAACGACGGCUAAGAAAUGUACAAAAAAGCGUGAAGCACGUGCAAAGUUGUUGUUUUGUUUAUCAAAACCUAUUGCUUUUAUGCCGUUCUCUUUGCCGUCGCCGUCGUCGUUGCUUAAGCUGCCUAUUGAUGGGCUCUAAAUCACUCUAAGAAAUCAUCGCAAAUAGUUUGUGCUAUUGCUCUACAGUCGUAUGUCGUUUUUUUAGCGGAGCCUCUGCGUGCGCGAAGCUCUCUCGAGGGAGCCUCCUUAGCUAAAGAAAUUGGAAGCUAUCGAUGCGAGAAAAUUUGGUUCUGACGUUAGCGGACGCCCGUACGGACUGGCAGGGAGAGACUAAUUAGAUUUUGCAAGGGAGGGGACAGGGAAUCCAAGACUUGCAGCUUGCGUUUGUCUUGGCGAAACGUUAACCCGUUCACUUAGUGACAGCCAAUGGAGUUUUUCCAGUAAAGAUAUUGAAUUUCGUUUGUUUGAUUGACGACAAAAAAACUUUGAAAAAUAUAGUUUUAGGGAUGUGCUUUUAGCCUGGUCACGCUUUUUAAAAAAUGUUCAUAUAACUGUUCCAUUCCGGGCCCGAUAGAAAGGAAACACAAUAAACCUAUGGUGAAGACAAAAGUCGGUCCGGUUUUUCUUUUAGCUCUUUCCUAUUAGGGCGCUUUGGCAACGACGACGGCGACGGAAACGAGAACGUCAAAAAAGCGAUCGGUUUAUAAGAAAAACAACUUGUGCGUCACGCUUUUUGUACAUUUCUUUGUCGUCACUGCGCGACUACGAUGUGAAAAUGCCUAAAUUGCACGUUAUAAGGAGGACGUAAACAAGCGACGACGAAGUUUACGUUCUCUUUCUAAGCUUGAGUGCGGUCCCCAAGAAAACACACUUAUGUCCAGGAUCGAUCUUGUUAGCAAAAAUUUGCUGGCAAAUUUUUUUCGCAAUUUUAGCAAAAAAGAUUUAAAGAAAACUGCUAUCAGAAAAGUAUAGAAGAAAUAGCAAAUGUCGCAAAAAUCGCAAAAGUAAGAAGAAUUUUUCUUGCUGUAUGAAAAGAUUGAGUAACAAAUAUGGCAAAAAUAGCAGGAAUAACAAAUUUUUCAAAAUUCUACUUGUACAAAGAGAAAAGGCCAGGAAGGGCUUCGUGAAGUCCGCAAAUUUCGCAAAAAUCGCAAAAGUAACGGGAAUUUUCCUUGCUAAGUGAAAAGAUUGAGUAACAAAUGUAGCAAAAAUAGCAAGAAUAACAAAUUUAACAAAAUACUACACUUAGAAAGAGAAAAGGUCAACAAGGGCUUCAAGAAGUCCGCAAAUUUCGCAAAAAUCGCAAAAGUAACAAGAAUUUUUCUUCCUAUGUGAAAAGAUUGAGCAACAAAUAUGGCAAAAAUAGCAAGAACAACAAAUUUCACAAAAUUCUACACCUAGAAAGAGAAAAGGUCAAGAAGGGCUUCGAGAUGUCCGCAAUUGGUUCGUCGCGAUUGUACUUUUCGUGCGUGUGGCAAUGGCCAGCAAUGGCCAGCGGGGUUCCCAGUGUUUGGAUCUUCUGGUUUUUGGCGUCUACUGUAAUAAUUAUUGUCUAACAGUCAACCGCUCUAAUACUAAACCCAUCACACGAUUUGUGGUAUUUUUCGCAGGUCACCGACCGCUGGAAUAGAUUCAAAUAAUAAUCGCGCGAUGGGUCUUCCACGAGACGAAAUCACAUCAUCACAAACACACUUUAGAUCAAGAGAAGAAAGCCCAGAUACACCAACUUUUGACACACCUGACAGCAAUCAUGUUCACGAUUUUCAGCAGUCGAAACGAAGGUUAGUUUGUUCGUGUAUAUGUUUGUUUUACUUCAUUUAACGUGUGAUUCAGGUGAAACAAUUAUUUGUUAGAUGACAUUGAAGUUUGCACGUAUUAAUGUACCGAAACGAAUCUUUGUUGAACAGUAAGCUCCUUCGUGGCGAAAGAAUUUUUUGAUUGCAAAGUUUUUUUAGUCUCAGUGAAGUCUUAAUUGGUAGGCUAGUACAGCCAAGGAUUCGAAUUUAAACCACUUGCCCCAGGGAUUGUUUAGUAGCGCGAUUGCAUAUACUAUAUAAGCUUACACAUUAUCGUUUGUACUUACUGAAUUAAGUUACCAAAACUGACUUUCCUUGCAGCAGUCCAAGACGAAGGAGCAAGACGCCUGACAGCGAAAAAGUAAAAAGAAAUGUUCAUUUUCAAGACGAACAAACAGCUCGGCAGAAUGAAGAAGAAGAUGAUGCUAAUUCACGUGAACGAACAGGAAGGCAAGACCAAAGGGAGAUCAUGCAUUCUGAUGGAAAGGUGACUAUCUACUGUAUAGUUAACUAGUAACGGAGGUCAGCCGCAAAAUUACUUCACCUUACCUCAUCUCUGGUGCUUUCGAAAGGAAUUCGAGACUUAAUUGCCGGCUUGAAAAAGGUACCGUCACGCUGGCAGAUCUUGUUCUCUUGCGCGCACAAGCAAAUUGCACCUGAACAAUCUCCAAUAUUAUUUAUGACUUUGUUUACGUAAGACCGCGGGCGUUUUCCGAAUAGGACAAGUUAAAAAAGCGACAUGCGUUAGACUGCCACAAUCAAGUGAACAUUUUGCAUGAGUUGAACUAAUUUCGAUUUAUUCAUUAAGGUGUGUAUAACAGCUUCAUGCAAAGUCAAAUUACUGGCUUUGACAGUGGAGGACUCGAAUUGCUAACCAUAACUUACAGAGCAAGGUUUCUAAAUAGGAGUGAUAGUAUCCAUUAUUGACCUUCUUUUAGGUGGAAAAAGUCAACAGCGACGGCUCUCGUCUCAUUUCCUUUGCCAACGGUACAAGAAAAGAAAUCAGUGCUGACGGCCAGACCGUUAUCGUCACUUUCUUCAAUGGAGACAUCAAGCAAAUUAUGCCUGAUCAGCGAGUGGUAAGAUAAACUAUUCGUUCUCUUGUGUGAUAUAAUUUCGAUCUUUUCUAGACAGCUGGGAGGGCUGCUUAACAUUUUUUGUCGUUGGCACAUGACUCCCUCUCUUGCGACCCUCAGCGUAUUUAAAGCCGGUAACACUUGCAAUUUUCCCUUGCGUCUAAACUGUGGGCAUUAUCAGCGCGGUUUAUCGCAGCAAAGACGCUUAAAAUUCGAUGGUAACGCAGUUAAAUUUACUCUAAAAUUGCGGCGAUUUUCGCGAGGAAAGACCGAUUUCUGUCCUUCUCUUGUGCAUUGUCAAAAAUAGCUACAAAAAAUCAGGAAAAAUUGCUAUUUUGUCCUGCGAACAGUUGCACGUGUAAACGCACCUUUAAAACUCAUUUUCUUUUAAAAUUCAAGAGCAUGGGAUGAAGGAAGUUGUGCGUCGUGUCUUGUUUGAAAGUUUGAAAAAAAUUCUCGUUUUAAUUUUGCAGCCCAAGAGUUCAAAAUAAUUCUUAUUUAGAAUUUAUAUCAAACUCAUGAUCUGUUCAUCAUAAUUUCAAACACCUAAAGUUUGUUAAAAAUACAAGGCGUAAGUCGUUGUUUUGUUGUGAGAACGCUCUCGUUCUCGAUAUUUUACAUUUUUAUAUACUUCUUAGUCUGAGAACUAGCUGUCUGAGCCCAAAGAACGCUUAAAAAGAAAGAUAACUCAAAACAAUCUAAGAAAUAUUCUGCGUCUGAUUCCAUAUUCUUCGUCUUGUCUGACUUAAAUGCAGCACGCGGAAGCCAAACUUGUAGCAAAAAAUGUCGCACAGCCGUACACUUGCAUUGAUAUAUAUCAAACCAUCGACUUUUAUGGGCAAUGGAAUAAAUACAGUCUCGCGGAUAUACCAAAUAUAUCAUGAAAAAGGAAUGACUCUAUUACUGCGUACAAGCUAUUCUGUGAACGGUGCUAAAUUCGGCGAGUUGAAGGCGAGUGUUCUUAGAAAGCUUUGUAAAGUGAAACACACGGGAAAAUUAAUAUUAUAAAAAUCUCUCACCUUACCAAGUUCUGUGUUGCAAACAUGUGAGGCAAACGUCCGCCGCAGUGUUUAUUUGGUGGCGAUAGUCUACGGUCUUGAAGAUGAUGACUAGUUUGAGCAACCACGAUGGUGAUGGCAGCCAAAACUGCAGUACUGUGCGAAACAAGGCCCGUGUGCACGUGCGUUUCACAUUUUAGUACAUUUCUCUGUCGUCACACGGCCGCAAAACAACAAUCAAAUCUUGAAGGUUAAGGGAUAAACGAAAAAGCAAGAUAGUUAACUUUUCUGUCUCUCUUCGGACUAUAAAGUGUAAAAUUCACGAAAUCACAUGCAAGAGAUUUUCGCUAUAUCUUGGUUAGUUGGCGAAAAGUUCAGAACUGGAUGAUAGACUUUGAAAUGCCUUAGAAAUAAGUGUCUUCCAAAUUGUUAAUUCUUCAUUUAUUUUCUUGAUCAGAUUUACUAUUAUUCAGAAGCGCAGACUACUCAUACCACAUACCCUGAUGGACUGGAAGUGCUUCAAUUUCCCAGGUCUGAACAUAACACUCAAUGGAUUGAAUCACUUCACCUUUCUUUCAGUAUUUCUUUUCGUUGAACUAAACACCAAGUUUCUAAAAGUGCCAUCCACUAAUGACUUUGCUUCUCUUCGAAUCAGCAAACAAGUUGAGAAGCACUACCGUGACGGAACAAAGGAAAUCAUCUUUCCUGAUCAGACCAUUAAGUACCUGUACCCAAAUGGAGCGGAAGAAUGUGUGUUUAGUGACGGUACCAUUCAAAAGGUUAACGUGGAAGGAGAGAGAACUAUUGAAUUCCCAAAUGGACAACGGGAAACUCACACCAAGUGCUAUAAAGUAAGUGGAGACACAACAUUUUGUACUUUGUACCUUAUAUUGCUCGAGUUCUUACUGUGGCUUUCCUAGUGUCAUACCGCGGCCUGUCUCACUGCGGGAUGUUGAGUGUCACAACUUGAUUAUGAUUCUUACGUCUCGAGGUCUUAAUUCAUUUUGAAAAGUAAACAAAAAACAAAUGUAUAAAAAAAAGCUUGCGCUCUUGUGCGCUCCACAAGAAUAGAACGUUCAGUGUAUCGGUUAAAUGCCCUCCCACUGAGCUGUGAUUUAAAAAAAAAAAUAGCGAAGGAAUACUCGAAGAUUGACCUCACAAGUUGGGUAAGAGGUAAUACCAUAUUGCUCCUCUCCUAGAAACUGAAUCAGGCGUAAAAGAUGUUUUUUUCAGAACUGCUCGUCCUCGACUUCUUAAGUGUUGUUCUCUGAGUGACGUGUUUUUUUGUCCAUAUUUAGAAAAGAGAGUACCCUGAUGGGACAGUAAAGACAGUCUAUCCGGAUGGUCGAACAGAGACCCGAUAUGCCACGGGACGUGUGCGGGUCAAGGAUCGAGAUGGUCGGGUUAUAGUGGAUUCUUUGAACCAACUAAGAUGACAGCCCCUACUAUGCAAAGAUAUUACAAAGUUGUGGAUGUAUAUGAGAAAAUUAUUAAAAACGAAGAUACACUUGUCGUGCAAGUAAGCCAUAAUUGUUAAGACAUGUG